AUCUUAUUCGUAUUUCAUUAUCAUACUGAAAAAUAUUUUGGAAAAAAAUUUAUAAAAAGAUAUUAUUAUUUACAUUUUUAUGUUCAAAAUAUCAUAAAAAUGAAGAAAAAUCACAUCGAAUUAUGUAACGUAAUGGCAAACUAGCAUGGAUUCGAUGUGUCAUUUUAGAACAUCGUACCUCGAGGCGUUCAACAUUUUCUAGUUCCCUGGAAUUAGAUUCGAGCGAGUUCAUGCAUAACCGGUAAUCAGAAUUGGCAACGCUUAUCAGAAAUUGUAGCGUAAUCGGAGAUCACUAAUGGCAUAGAAUACGCGCGAGCGCUUCGAUACGAGCAGCUUUCUUUUCUACUUGUAGGUGAAGAUGCAAGAACCAGUAUCUGCGUUCACCAGCGACCACGGCAAACUGGUAUUUUGCCAACUAGUAAUCGGGCGAAACGAUGCUCCAAUAAUCCAAUCCUAUCCACCUAACGGAAUGGUAUAAUGUUGCUUUACCUUUAAGCUAAAAUUAUUUAGAUAAAGAUAUAUCUUUGAAAAAACUUGGCAAAAUUUUGCUUACAGAAUAUGUGCAAGCAAAUAAAAAUGAUUGUCGCAAAAUGUAUCGUAUAUUCAAUUUUAUUUAUUCGUUUAAAAUUGCCAUGCCAUAAAAAUCAACCGAACGUGUAUAACGCUAAAUGCCAAGUAUAUUGGGAACUGUUUGUCAAUUCAAUUAUCAUAAUUCAUAUCUAUAUUUGUGCGACAACGAAAGCAUAACACCUUUAACGCUUUGUUUAUGAACGUUUCGUUGCACAAAAAGAAAAAAACAAAUAAAAAAAUCCAGUGAAAGAGAUUCCAAGUGACAGUAGUUUUGAGGUUAGUAGAACACAGUGUUUCGUUAAAUAGUUUGUUCUGUUCGUACGUAAACAAAGCGAGCCAUUUCGAGAUAGCCACGAAAUCGAUGGAGGGGAUCGUGUUCAUCCGUACUUUCUUCGAACGAGCAUCGAUCGCUUACAAAAAAAAAAAAAAGAACGAUGCCAAAGAGAAAGGAUAGGCAGAUAUCGAGAGACGCAGCGCAAAUGGCGAUUUAAAGAGAAGAGGAGAAGCGACAGUAGCGGCAACAUAGACCACUGGCGCAUCCAGUUGUUUGGAACAAUAUUGCUAUUUUCAGCGAUUGGACUUGUUAUGUUAGAUAUAGAAGAUGCUAAACGAGAAGAAGUGUGCGGCUAGGAGAGCCCUUGCUACGUCACUGCGGAGCCCCGUGACACACAUCGAUGGGCCGAAAUGUAACGGUACAUUUCUCGGUGACCUACUCUUCGCCUCUGGACGUGCUCUCUCUUCCUCCUUUCUUCUCGAGCCUCCUCUCCUCUCCCUUCAACUCUGUCGGUCAACCGAACGAGUCGAAUGCGAUCGCGUAUACACGCAGAGAACACUUGCCGCUGUAUAAGUACUUUUACCAGUUUUGCCAACGCACGCGAUGCCGGCUGAUUACACGCUCAGUAAUGAAAGCGUCCUCUUCGCGCGCGGAGGUGCUGUCAUGUAGCCUCUGUUCUUUUUUUACGCCAGUGAAAACGCUAUUGUGGGCGAAAAGUUCGUGCCAUGUUCUCUUUUCCUACAUAGAAAACGCUGCACCCAUGUUUUCUAUCAAUGGCCGUAUUCCUGUCGAUUAACAGUGUGAAAUAUUCGGACCUAAACGGGUUGCAGGUCCAAACUGUGAAUUAAACGUCAAUCAAACGCGAGUUAUGAAUGUGAUCGUGCAUUUCGUCUUUCAGGUGAUCGUAUAUCAACUUGUAACAUGUCAAGGAGGUGGUGGACCAAGCACUUUCGGAUACGAUGCAUCCUCAGCUUGCAGUAAACCGUAUUCUCGGGCUGGUCGUGCCCGAUUGUCGAAUCUUCCUUGUGAUUUUCGACGGCAAAACUGGUGCACGAUAGCUGGCAGCUCUUAUCCUUGGCAUGCAGUUCGUCGUUUCGUACAAGAGAAUCAAGGAUUAAUGAGACGCAUGUAUGGCGAUGAAAGACAUAUUAACGUAUUAAGAGCAGAAUUUGAGAGAAAUGAUGUGGAAUUAAAAUAUGAUGAUUAUUAUCAUCAUUUUUCAGAUGAUCAUAGAAAAUACCAGUACAGUCACGAUUACGAAUAUUUCGAGGCGGAUGAUGAUUUAAAAUUGAACAACGAAUUCAGGGACGAGGGACGAGGUUUUACGAGUAGAUCGUUCAACGAUAACGUUGCAAAACGGUUAAACAAAUUUCCAAAAUUAAGCGAAUACACAAGGCCUCAUUUUCGACCGACCGAGAGAACCUCGACUAUUUCAACGACCACAACAACAACUACUGCGCAACCGCCAACUGCCACUUCGUCUAGCAAGGAAAAUUCAUCGACAAUGAUAUCCUCGACGAUUGUUUCGACCACUGGUGAAUCAACUACGAGAAAUACUCCUUCGAUGACAAGUUUGGUAAAUAGCACGAACGAGGAAAAGAAAAACUCGUCAGACGAGAUAACGACAUCGCCCACAGUGACGAGUUCUUACACGGUGAAAGAGCAAAAUUUCAGUAUCAAUGAAAUUUCCGAGCAAAUAGACAGAAUAGACGAGGUCGUUGAAGAAACUGGCGAGGUCGUAGAGGUUUCUGAAUCCAACAUAGAGGAAACGACGACGAUGAAUUUCCCCGGCACUACUGAAUUACCGGAUGAGCUCGAUGGUAACGAAGAUUUAUUCGCGACACCGAAAGAGACGACCGUUCGAGAGGAGGAGACGUCCAACUCGAACGAGCAACAAGAGUUCAGGCCACGACCGGAAUAUCGACCCAAUAAGCCGGAAGUUUCGACUAUGGAAGGCCAGCUGUAUCAGGAUGUCGCGGCGAAAGAUCAACAGGAACAACCGGUUCUCAAGCUUCGAGGAGUGAAUGCUUGUCCUGUAAAGGAGGAAGUUGUUGCACCAUUUUGGGCGAAUAAUACACGAGGAGAGGUAUUGGCACUUUUGAAUCUUUAUCCAUUCGAGCAAUACGUUCAUUGGGAAAAAUGCACACACGAGAACAAGCAGAUGUACUGUCGAGAUGGAUGCAGAUGCGAGCAACAAUAUCGACUUCAUCGGUUAUUAGCUUAUGACCCAAACAACGAAUGCCGUGGUAUUUUCAGCGACUGGUUUAAAUUUCCAAGUUGCUGCGUUUGCCGUUGUUACGAUUUGCCUCUUGAAUUUCGCGUAACAUCACGCUCUCCUCGCACUCAAAAGCAACGAAUUAAAGUACAAUCGCCUCGAUACACGUAAAGGAACUAAUUUUUUUGGUCGAUAGAAAUUUCAAAAUUCUCCUCUUAAUUUCAUAUGUACUGUCGUGAAAGAUGUUUUGUUUUUAUAAUUCGUUAUUUGGAUUAAUGGAUAUAAUAAAAUUGAAUCUUAAAUUUAAUUUGAGAACGGAGAAAAAUUAUUAUAUUAAUUUGUGAAAAUUUUUAAAAUUUAAUGGAAAAACUGAAUGGCUCCAGCCUAGUCAAGAAAUUUAGUCUUCGUUAUUGUUAUUUAUAACAAGGAAGAAAUUCUGUUUGAUAGAAUCCAUUUGCCAUAGCCAUUUAUAGCACAUAUAUUUUUCGAAAUAUAUUUUGUAAAUAUAAAUAAUAAGAUGAAAAAAGAUAAUUCAUGAAAAGAAGUAUAUAUACGAUAUAUUUGUUUUUUAGUAAAUUGUUAUAAAUUGGUGCCUCGAUUGUUACAAAUGUCAAUUUAUAUUAUCAUUUGUUCGAUAGAUAGUUAAGUUGUUAUAUAUUUGUAUUUUACAUGUACAAGUCAAAAGUUGUCUUAACAAUCAUAAUCGACAAACGUGUAAAAUCAGAAAAUAUUAUUGUUAAUACUAUUUAAUGAACAUUUUUAUAAAUUUAAAGAUUUUAAAGAAAUAUAAUAUUUAUAUUUUGAUUCUGUCUUCACUUUUUUUCUUUACAGAAUAAUCUGAUUGUCACGUUUUUCUUUACAGAAUAAUAUUAUAUUUUCAUACUGUAAGACUUGCGUAUGUAAUGCUUGUUAAAUAUUUUUUACAAAUAAUCACAAAUGAAUAAGGCUCGUGAAUGAAACUAUAUUAUAAGCCAUAUCUUCGUUGCAUUUAUUCAAUAUGAUUUUAUUAUUUACAUUUGUAACAUGUAACGUAAAUCUCGGUAAUGGAGCAUUGCUUAUAUAUUUUGUAACACUAAACCAUAUUUUAUAAUUAUUCAUAAUGUUAUAACAACCAUAAGAGUAUAAUUAUUUAUUCAUAAGAAUGCGAAUUUUUACAUGUUUUGUAUUAAAAGAUUAAGAUGUGAAAAUGAUCAAAUAAUUGCCACUGUUACAAUUAUUAUAUCAUGGAAUUUUUGUUAUUAUUAAAAGAAAAUGAAAAUUAUAAAAAUAAAAUCUUGAAUUUUGUGUA